AUGGGCGGCUGGCUGCGCCCGGCGCUGGCAGUGGCCGCAGCCGCGCUGCUAACGCCAGCAUUCGCGAACUACGGCCGCUGCGACAGUUCCAGCGCGGACUCCUGCUGGUGCAUGCUGGCCUGCCCCAUCUACGGCGGCGACAAUUCCAAGUGCGGCGAGGAGCCAGGCCACGCGAAGGCCAUCGACGACGCCAUCCAGGCCAGCUACAACAAGAGCGACGCGAUGUGCAAGGGCAUGGAGUGCAUCGUGAACUGUGCGGCCGAGCUCGGCUGCCUCGACGCGGAGAUAACGCACCGCUGCCAGAGGGUGCUGAACGCGGACGAGAAGUGCCAGCUGAAGUGCACCGCCGAG